GCAAUUUCUCGCCAAGGACAUCGAACCGUUUUUGCGACUCAUUCUCUGGUGUUGUAAAAACCAAUUUAUCUCCGGCAGGUGGUUCCAGUAGAGAUUCUUCCAUCGCUCUGGCAGCAGCGGUUUACUUAAGUGAAUACUUCGCAGGUACAAAUUGGUACGGUUGAAAGAAUAUUUUAAAAAAUCCGGUAUGGCAACAAUUCCUAGAAUGCCAGGUUCGCGAAUAAUGAAAAAUCAUACUGAACGGGCAGAACCGGAUAACGGAAUCAGCGCCACGACCGUUCCACGAGUAGGGAAAAUCCAAACUGAUCCUUUAGAACGGACAAAAGGAAUAAACGCAAAGACUGUUCCACGAGUAGUGAACGCUCAAACUGAACGUCUAGACCCAAAAAAAGGGAUAAAUGCCAUGUCUGUUCCACAAAUAGCGAAAAGCCGGGUUGAACUGAAACAUGGGACAAAACACCAAUCACAGCAACCGCUACCAGAUUCGACAUCGAGGUCACGAGAGCAACGGCAACAGAAGCAGCAACAGACUCCGCCGGAACAGAAACAUGCGCAAGAAAAGGAACCAUUGAAGAGCAAUAGUGAUACGAUGUCAAUUAAAACCACAUUGUUACCAUCACUCAACGAUAGCCUGGGGCAUGUUCGCGGUGGGACCCUUUCUGCAAAACAUUCGUUCCAGUUAGAAGUGGAUCGCCAGAUUGAUCCCCUGCGGUCAAAGAUCGUAUCUCUUUCGAAGAAAGCUGAGCAGGGACAAAACCGAAUCGAUUUAGAAAAAGCGAAAGCUGAGCGACGGAAAUUGGAUGAGGACAUCUUGAAUGCCAUUAGCAUGGAAUGUGUGAUGAAGAAGAUUGCGAAAAUGAAUGAGCAAUUUGUGAAAGAUUGGAACGAAAUCGAUAACAAAGGUUCUCAAUCCUAAAGUAGGCCUUUAUUACCGUGUCAUCGGUUCAUAAACAUUUCAUAAGCGGUUUGAUAAACUAUUGUAAAGCAAUAAUAAAUUU